CACUUGUCGGUAUCAGCAGUACUACAGUCAGCUUGUUCCUUUGCACUUAUCGAGUCGCACUUUCUCUCCUACAUCGCAUUAUUUGCCUCUUUCUCAUUCGUUGCAACGAUGCGGUUAACGGAACUGUCAGUCUCUCUUAUCGUCGGUUCGGCGGCAGCCUUUGCCCCGACAACUGGUAUCUCCGCGACGCGGACGACUUCGGCCUCGACUGUACGCUUGCAAUUAGUCUCCGGUUCCCAAGGCACCGGCGAAGGGUGGAUUGAUCCUUCGGCUCCCGUCAAUUCCAAAGCUUCUUUAGAAAAAACGCUGUCCAAGUCUUUGGAAGGCAGCAAUUUCCAGAAACGGCUUUCGCUUUUGGGUUCCACCGGAUCGAUUGGGACCCAGACACUCGAAAUCGUCGACGCUUGCCCUGACAACUUUGUCGUUGAUGCGCUUUCGGCGGGUACCAAUGUAGAGCUCAUGACACAGCAAGUGCUCAAGUACUCUCCCAAAGUCGCGUCCAUGAGUACCCCGGAAGCAGCCAAGGAAUUGAAACGACGUCUCCAAGACGAAGGGUGUAAAUCCAUGCCACUGAUCCUUUCCGGGCAGGAGGGCAUUGUCGCAGCCGCGACGGUCGACACUGCCGAUACAGUAGUCACUGGAAUUGUAGGUGCGGCUGGUUUGGAACCCACCAUCGAAGCCAUCAAAAUGAAAAAAGACAUUGCGUUGGCCAACAAAGAAACUUUAAUUUCCGGCGGACCCGUCAUUAAUCCACUCGUGGAAAAAUACGGAAUCAACAUGCUCCCUGCCGACAGUGAGCACAGUGCCAUUUUCCAGUGCUUGCAGGGUGUCCCCCCGGGUGGAUUGCGGCGUGUCAUUUUGACGGCAUCCGGUGGUGCCUUUCGGGAUUUUUCCAAAGACGAGCUCUUUCGUCUCUGCGAAGACAACCCUCGUGCCGUGCAGGCCAAGGCCACGACACACCCCAACUGGGAUAUGGGUGCGAAAAUUACCCUCGACAGUGCCACUAUGAUGAACAAGGGCCUCGAAGUUAUCGAGGCCCAUUACUUGUUCGGUGCCAGCUACGACGAUAUUGAUAUCGUGAUUCAUCCCCAAUCGAUCGUACAUUCGAUGGUCGAAACACAGGAUACUUCCUGCAUUGCCCAAUUGGGUUGGGCCGACAUGCGUCUGCCGUUGGUAUAUUCUGUGUCCUGGCCCCACCGAUUGAAAAUGCCGUAUAAACCGUUGGAUUUGGCCGAGCUUGGCUCUUUAACGUUUAGCAAACCCGACCACGCCAAGUAUCCUUGUAUUGGGCUGGCGUACGCAGCCGGUCGACAGGGGGGUACCAUGACGGCGGUCCUGAACGCGGCCAACGAAGCCGCCAACGAAAUGUUCCGCGCCGACGUCGGUCUCGGCUUUUUGGAUAUACCCAAGCUGAUUGAAGGUGCUAUGGAAGCACACAAGGAAGAAUUCAAAAAGGAUGGUGUCACGUUGGAAGAUAUUCUGCACGUGGAUCAAUGGGCUCGCGAGCACGUGCGUCAAGCGAGUGAACAGCUGGACAAGAGUAAAGUUAUUGUAGUAUAGACGUUCCCGGGGACGUGCAAUCGUAAAACUAACCCUAUAGUGUACCAGGACCACCGCCGACAUCCGUCGGUGAACAAUUCGUA